AUGCGCCACUUUUCCGUGUGCUAUCUUGCAUAUCUACUUUUUGCAAGCCUACCAUGCGUUUUCGGUAAAGCGGACACGACAGUAAACAACAAAACGAUUGACCGAACCAUACAGCUUCGCACACAUUCAAUAUUUCCUCCAUACAUUGAUCAAGACCUACAAAAUCGUUGGUGGGAUUUCGGUGCAGAUGCAUAUAUUGUGAGCCCAGGAUGGCUCUGGUCACGCAUGCCACUGACUGCUUCCAAUUUCAUUAUUGAGGUAGAAUUUAAAGUAAGCGGCAAUAUUUUGGUUGUUAGCGUGUCCAAACGUGUUGUUAGGUCACCGGUGAAUCAACGCACUUGUACGGAGACGGAAUGGCUAUCUGGCUCACAAAGGACCGAGCCUGAACCAGGCCCUGUCUUCGGCAGUAAAGAUAACUUCGAAGGGCUCGGUAUCCUUAUGGACACUUAUGCAAACUCCCGGCAUCCCUAUGGCUUUCCCCGCGUCAUGGCAAUGUUGGGGGAUGGCCAGACGCCCUACGACCAAGCGCAUGAUGGUGAGGCCAACAGCCUAGGCUCGUGUUCAGCCAAUUUCCGUCGUACAAACGUGAUCACGAAGCUCAAGAUCACUUACCUGAAGGAUACUUAUCUUGAUGUGCGGGAUAGCUGGUCUGACUGUUUCCGCAUCAAUGGCAUAAGUCUUCCCUCCGCUCCAUACAUCGGCAUCUCCGCAAUGACAGGCGAAGUAUUCGAUUCGCAUGAUGUCAUUUCCGUGACGACGUGGUCAGCAGUUCUAUCAGCCUCUGAUGCGCAGCGCAACAAAUUUGGCGGCGGCAGCGGGAAGGGUACGUUCUCGCGCAAGUCUGGAGCCGAGUCACGAGGUGGCUCAUGGCUCGGCUUCAUCUUCAAAUUGCUGCUCUUCGUGGCCAUCUGUGUGGGUGGUACGUAUGGGUAUAAAACCUACGCGCUUAAUAAGAGGAGGGGUUAUGGCGGUUCUGCAUUUGGGGGCUUGGGUUAUGAGAGCCGAAGGCGGUUCUAA